CGGAGUGUAUUGUACAGAAUGAAGGGCUGGACAAAGAGUGGAUCGAGGAGGACGAGGCGAAACCGAAAGAAGCCACUCGAGGAGAGGAGAUGCUUAUCUGGAGAGAGGCCUGUUAUACUGCUUUAGAGAGACAUGCUGACGAUGCUGCAGUGCAGGAAGCUGCAUGUUGGGCUUUAAACAGCUUGCUGCUACAUUACCACUCAUUCAACCGAGUGGAACUGGAAGGAAGGCCUCCUCUUCAUUCUCUCAUCAUGGCUGCCAUGCUUUUGCAUUCAUCCAGUGUGGAGGUUUUCCAAGCUGCUUCCUGUACACUACGCACACUAAUACAGCACCACA